AUGGGAGACUUCAUCAGCCACGUGAACAUCUUGACCAAGACUGUGGAGACUGUGAAUGGAACGAAAUUCAACAAAUACACUCUUCAACACUUGGAGAUCCUUAAGGGCGGUCUGGAACUUCCCUCAGUCGUUCUCGUUCCAAUGGGUCCAUGUGGAUUGGAAUUGGAGGCCAAUGUCGAAUAUCUUCUCUCUGGAGUGUUGACCGGUGAAUCGAAUCUCUACUCGGGUCUCUGUCUUCAAAUUUUGACUGGAGUUCUUUCACCCGUUUGGUCUUUGGUUGAUAAUUCACUCGUCCAACAAAUCGGUCUCCUUCAAACAAUCCAGAAUUUGGUGUGUCAACUUCUCGAGGGAUUGGUUGAGCCACUUCUUGGGAAACUUCUUGUUGUCCUUCCCGGUCUUGAUGCUCUUGGAGGUCUUGGUGGAGUUGGUGGACUCACUGGUGGAUUGGGUCUCGGUGAUUUGCUCGAUUGUAUCUUGGACUUCAUCAGCCAUGUGAACAUCUUGACCAAGACUGUGGAGACUGUGAAUGGAACGAAAUUCAACAAAUACACUCUUCAACACUUGGAGAUCCUUAAGGGCGGUCUGGAACUUCCCUCAGUCGUUCUCGUUCCAAUGGGUCCAUGUGGAUUGGAAUUGGAGGCCAAUGUCGAAUAUCUUCUCUCUGGAGUGUUGACCGGUGAAUCGAAUCUCUACUCGGGUCUCUGUCUUCAAAUUUUGACUGGAGUUCUUUCACCCGUUUGGUCUUUGGUUGAUAAUUCACUCGUCCAACAAAUCGGUCUCCUUCAAACAAUCCAGAAUCUGGUGUGUCAACUUCUCGAGGGAUUGGUUGAGCCACUUCUUGGGAAACUUCUUGUUGUCCUUCCCGGUCUUGAUGCUCUUGGAGGUCUUGGUGGAGUUGGUGGACUCACUGGUGGAUUGGGUCUCGGUGAUUUGCUCGCAGAUCAAAACGAACCGGAAAUUGGAACAGUUGAAGACCAGUUGGGCACUCUUGGACUGAAUGCAAGCGAUUUUGAAUCAACAACAAUAAAACCGAGCAGCACAACACUUCCACCGAGAAUCCCAGACAUCAAAAAGUCUCUUUUUGUACCAGUGACUACAAUGCCUACCAAGGAACCGAGUACAACAGAGUCAGAGCCAACAACUGCUCUGGCUCCGGCAAGUCUGGUGGCACCAACAACUCCACCGACCCCCACAAUUACGAUCUUUGAUGAGAAAAGUGUCCCACCAAAGUCAACCGAGCCACCAGUGACCACAGCUGUUCCAGAGAAACAAGAAGAAAAUGUUUUGGCUUCUCCCACAGUUGUCCCUGCCACCACUGAACCAACAAAAGAAGAACAACCAGUGAAAGCUUUUCUUGUACCUCACACCAUUGUCAAUGGAGUUCUGCAACCACCAUCGAUCUAUCUUCAAAAUGAUAGCAAUUUGCCCAAACUUGAUGACGACGAUGAAGAACAAUUGGCAAAUAAUACAAUAAUCGCGACGACUCCUCAGCCAACUACAACUCCAUUACUGCCACCAGUUGGGAUUCUCGGCUUUUUGGCUCAACUUGGAGCUGUUCCUGAUAGUCAAACCAUUCCGAUCACCACCACCACUACAACAACGACCGUUUCGGCGAUGGUUGAGAUUAUUUAUGAGGAUGUUGAAAUCCAUCCCGAAGUUGUUGCACAUGUUCGCCCGGAUUUAAUCUUCCACGAAAAACUCGAUGAUCAUCAAAAGGGAACCGUUUCAAUUACUGGAAAUAAGACGGUCGUU